AUGGUCCCUAACUUGAAGAAUGAAUCAUUCAAUUAUGAGGAGAGGUGCCAGCUGGUUAAAAACAGGCAGGAAAGCGCAAAGAGUUGUUUAUCUGCCUCACAGGCAGUAGAUGAGAGUCCUUACACAAAGUCUGCAAACCAGACAAGGACACCUGAUGGAGCACUGUCUGUGAGGAGACAGAGUAUUCCAGAGGAAUUCAAGGGCUCGACGAUAGUUGAAUUAAUGAAAAAAGAAGGCACUACCCUAGGGCUUACAGUAUCAGGUGGAAUCGACAAGGAUGGGAAACCAAGAGUAUCUAAUCUUCGUCAAGGAGGAAUCGCUGCUAGGAGUGACCAGCUGGAUGUAGGUGACUACAUCAAAUCUGUGAAUGGCAUCAACCUGACCAAAUUUCGCCAUGAUGAGAUCAUCAGUCUGCUGAAGAAUGUUGGCGAGCGGGUUGUUUUAGAAGUGGAGUAUGAGCUCCCUCCGGUCUCUGUACAAGGAACAGGUGUCAUCUUCAGAACUGUGGAAGUUACUUUACAUAAAGAGGGGAACACUUUUGGGUUUGUAAUAAGAGGUGGAGCACACGAUGACAGAAAUAAAUCUCGUCCUGUUGUAAUAACAUGUGUUAGACCCGGAGGGCCUGCUGACAGAGAGGGCACAAUCAAACCUGGGGACAGAUUGCUGAGUGUUGAUGGGAUCCGACUGCUUGGAACAACACACGCUGAAGCUAUGAGUAUUCUCAAACAGUGUGGACAAGAGGCGACUCUGCUGGUGGAAUAUGAUGUUUCAGUAAUGGAUUCAGUUUCAACAGCGUCUGGACCACUACUUGUUGAAGUUGCCAAAACUCCUGGUGCUGCUCUUGGGGUUGCACUGUCCACUUCGAUGUGCUGCAACAAACAGGUCAUUGUCAUAGACAAAAUCAAAUCUGCAAGUAUUGCAGACAGAUGUGGUGCUUUACAUGUAGGAGACCAUAUUCUGUCCAUUGAUGGCACCAGCAUGGAGUACUGUACGCUGGCAGAGGCAACGCAGUUUCUUGCUAAUGCAGCGGAUAAUGUGAAACUUGAGAUCCUUCCUCACCACCAGACACGGCUAGCACUGAAAGGCCCAGAGCAUGUGUCUUUAGCCUCUAGCACUGUUGGUUUGGCUGGGCAGGUCGUCCACACAGAAACCACAGAAGUAGUGCUGACAGCUGACCCUGUAGUAGGGUUUGGGAUACAGCUCCAGGGUAGCGUGUUUGCUACUGAGACCUUGUCUUCUCCUCCUCUCAUUUCCUAUAUCGAGUCUGACAGUCCAGCAGAAAGAUGUGGGGUCCUGCAAAUUGGAGACAGAAUAGUGGCAAUAAACGGUAUCCCUACGGAAGACAGCACUUUUGAUGAGGCCAAUCAACUGCUCAGAGACUCCUCCAUCACCAACAAGGUCACUUUGGAAAUAGAAUUUGAUGUUGCAGAAUCAGUUAUACCAAGCAGUGGAACAUUUCAUGUAAAACUACCAAAGAAGCAUAACGUGGAACUUGGCAUCACCAUCAGCUCUCCAUCCAGUAGAAAACCAGGGGACCCUCUAGUUAUUUCUGAUAUCAAGAAAGGAAGUGUUGCUCACAGGACCGGGACAUUAGAACUGGGUGAUAAGUUGCUUGCAAUAGAUAACAUCCGACUCGACAAUUGCUCAAUGGAAGAUGCUGUUCAGAUCCUUCAGCACUGUGAGGACCUUGUGAAGUUAAAGAUCCGUAAAGAUGAAGAUAAUUCUGAUGAGCAGGAGAGCUCAGGAGCAAUUAUUUAUACUGUUGAGCUCAAGCGCUAUGGUGGACCUCUUGGAAUUACAAUCUCUGGUACAGAAGAGCCUUUUGAUCCCAUAAUCAUUUCCAGCCUUACAAAAGGAGGAUUAGCUGAAAGAACUGGGGCAAUCCACAUAGGCGACAGAAUCCUAGCAAUAAAUAGUAGCAGCCUAAAAGGAAAGCCUUUGAGUGAAGCCAUUCAUUUAUUACAGAUGGCAGGAGAAACUGUCACCUUGAAAAUCAAGAAGCAGACAGAUGCUACCAGUCCCAAGAAGUUUUCUGUCCCUGUGGGUCAUAUAACUGAACUGAGUGAUGCUGAAGAUGAAACCUCUGCUACACAGAAAUCUGGCAAACUCUCAGACAUCUAUUCUGCUACAGUCCCCAGUGUUGACAGCGCUGUAGAGUCAUGGGAUGGCUCUGGUAUUGAUACCAGCUUUGGAAAUCAAGGACCCAGCUAUCAGGCUUCAGGAUACAACUUCAAUGCCUAUGAAUGGAGGAGUCCUAAACAGAGGGGCAGUUUGUCCCCUCCAAGCAGACCACGAAACCACCCAUUUCAUGACACAGCACUGAGCGAUGAUGAAUGGGACCGACCUGCGGCAAGCAGCACAGCUUCCAAGAACAUGUGGCAACAGAAGGAGACUGAGACAUUGGGAGAGAAUCAAGAAAAUCACUUAAAGCAAACUUCUGUAGAAAGGUCAGGGGGAGAGAAUAUCAGGAGCAUGAAGAAAGAGGGCAAGCUGUGGAAAGGUGCCUCUGGUGGGCAGAGGAAAGGUGGGGGACAGCUGGAAGAGUGGAAUACUUCCAGCUUCACAGGUACCCAUGAUAACACCGAGGCUGACCAGGAGGAAAACUUCUGGUCUCAGGCUCUGGAGGAUUUAGAGACCUGUGGCCAGUCAGGAAUUCUGAGGGAACUAGAGGCCACAAUUAUGUCAGGAAGUACACUGAGUUUGAAUCAUGAAAACCCACAGCCUCGUAGCCAGCUGGGAAGACAAGCCAGCUUCCAGGAAAGAAGCACUGUAAGGCCACAUUACAGUCAAGCUUCUCGUAGCAACACAUUGCCAUCAGAUGUGGGGAGAAAGUCCAUGGUUAUGAGAAAAAUUAAGCAAGAAAUGAAAGAAAUCAUGUCACCAACUCCUGUGGAGUUACACAAGGUAACUUUGUACAAGGACUCUGAUGGAGAAGACUUUGGGUUCAGUGUCUCAGAUGGUUUAUUAGAAAAAGGAGUGUACGUUAAAAACAUUCGACCAGCUGGCCCUGGUGAUCUGGGUGGUUUGAAACCAUAUGACAGACUUCUACAGGUAAACCACGUUCGUACCAGGGACUUUGACUGCUGUCUGGUUGUGCCCCUGAUCGCAGAAUCUGGCAAUAAGCUGGAACUGGUCAUCAGCAGAAACCCACUGGCAUCUCAGAAAGGAAGCUCAGACCAACAGCCUUCAGUGAGCGGGGAGUGGAGCAAGCAGAAUAAUGCCUUUCUUCAACAGACCGAGCAUGGUAACAUGAAUACAGAGACACGGGAUCCCACAAACACUUUAUAGCAGAAAAUCAUUUUAGUGGGACAUUUGGUAAUGAAAGACAAUUAUGGUGCUAAAUCCCUUUAGGAUUUCUCUGAGGGUAAGCUCAGAUACAACAUAGCACUAAAAAGCACAGGAGGUCAGUCUGUCCGUCUCAAGGCUUAUAUUAAUUCACGAUCACUUUUUUAGAAGUUUAAUUCUUUGUUAAAUCAUUCCAUUCUAAACAAUCUACCAUUAGCAACGGAACGUCAGGGCCUUUCCCCCCCCAUACAGGAAACUGGGGAGAUGUUUAUACAUGGUAUAAACGAAACAGUCCUUUCCCUUUAGCAGCAGCAGCUGUGUGAGGGGAAAAGGGCAGUUAACUCCUAACAGCGGUGUCCAGGUUACAUGAUUUUUAAAAGCAUUUGAUCAGGAAGUCAGUGUCAGCUGGCUGAGGAAGAAUGCUGUGCUGCAGCCCGUGCUCUCGUUAGCUGCCCAGCAUUGUCAUUCUGGGGACCUGCGUCCUGCUGGCAAGCAGGGGACACUCUGUAGACAAAGCACGGGUUAGAUGUUUGAACAGAAUGCUUGUAGGAAGCUGCGGCAUGUGGUGAACACUGCUCCCCAACAACUGGGAUAAAUUUUAUUAGAUCAUAUGUUAUUAUUCCCUAUGCAAUGACAUAUUUAAUGGCAGGUCUUGCAGCCUGCAAGGCUUUUUAAGUAGAGACUUUUUUAGCGGGAUUAAAAACCUCUGAAGGAGGAUUACUGACGAGUAAAACUGAAAUGUUCAGACAAAUUAGAAAGGUUUUAAAAGAAAAUUGAUUUUUUAAAACAAUAGCAGUGGAAGAUUGAUACAAAAGUUCUUUAAUGAUCCAUAAACCUAUCAACUUCUACUGUUCUACAUGAGCUUUUUAAGCCAAACGAUUUCUUGGGGGGACCAGCGUCCCAUUUAAAAUGCUUUGUUCUCAGCCUUCUUUAUGAUAAACAUCCCCCUACAACACGUUUUUAGACUUUAAAACUGUAAAUAUAUUUUACAAACAUCACAGAUUCCCUCCACUCCCCUCAAGCAAUAAAAUACUGCCAGUUGCUUUAUAUGCCCACCAGCAGCUGCUUUGGUUUAUUCCAGUAUUCAAGUUGUUAUUGGUAAUUAUUGUUCUUGGUGAAUAUAAAGAUACUGGGUUUGUACAUUUGUAGAGUCACCACAUCCAAGCAAUCACCCUACGGAACUGUUUCUGGUCAUUUUAAACUGUUAUCUGUAUCCCUAUUGCUGUUUCCAAUCCAUGAACGAGCUCACCUGCCCCCCGCACACAACUGUCUCAUUUAUAUUGCAGCACUGCCACAAAAGGUCAGAGGAACAUUCAAUGCUGAGUCAUGUAAAAAAAAAAAAAGUCCAUAAGUCACUUAAAUACGUAUUUUUAUUUGUAACAAAUAAGUAUUAAACUGUAAAGUAUUUUUGUACAAAUUUAAUACUUUAAUAGCAUGAUAUUUAUCGUCUAUGUAUGUUUUUUUGAAAUUCAAACUGUUGCAAAUAUUUGUAUGGAAAA